AUGCGGCUGUCACUAUGGAAGCCGAUAUCACAGUGCGCCGCCAUGAUCCUGGACAAGAAGGACCGGCGGCGGGAUCCCUCGGACCUCUCCGACGAUGGCGGGCGGAAGCCCAACCUGGUCCUCCGGCGGAUCCAGGAGAGCAGGCUCCGGGAGGCCCUCGAGCAGGCCUCCGAGGACGGCUCCCUCUCCAAGACCCAGGACAUGGACGACCUGGAGAACAACCCUCCUUCCCAUCAAAGCUCGGGAGCCGCCGCCUCUGCCGCCUCGUUCAGCCGCUCCCGGUCGCUGGCCCGGCUGGAAGCCCAGCGGGAGUUCCUCCGCGCCACCGCCGCCGCCGCCGAGCGCACUUUCCAGACCGGGGACUCCCUUCCCGACCUCCAGGAGGCCCUCUCCAAAUUCCUCACCAUGUACCCCAAGUACCAGUCCACGGAGAGGAUCGACCGCCUCAGAUCCGCAGAGUACUCCCACAUCGACGACGACGGCGGCCCCAGGGUCUGCCUGGACUACUGCGGCUUCGGGCUCUUCUCCUUCCUCCAGAGCCUCCAGCUCUGGGAGUCCUGCGCCUUCUCCCUCUCGGAGAUCUCCGUCAACCUCAGCAACCACGUCCUCUACGGCGGCGCCGAGCCCGGGACCGCCGAACACGACAUCAAAGCUCGGAUAAUGGACUACCUCAACAUCCCGGAGAACGAGUACGGCCUGGUCUUCACCGUCAGCCGGGGCUCCGCCUUCAAGCUCCUCGCCGAGUGCUACCCGUUCCAGAGCAACAAGAGGUUGCUGACCAUGUUCGAUUACGAGUCCCAGUCCGUCAAUUGGAUGGCUCAGUCGGCGAGGGAGAAGGGGGCCAAGGUAUACAGCGCCUGGUUCCGGUGGCCCACCAUGAAGCUCUGCGGGGCGGAGCUCAGGAAGAAAAUCUCCUCCAGCAAGAACAGGAGAGGGAGGAGGAAGAAGGGCUCCGCCGCCGGGCUCUUCGUCUUCCCCGUGCAGUCUAGGGUUACGGGAACCAAGUAUUCGUACCAGUGGAUGGCCUUGGCCCAGCAGAACCACUGGCAUGUGCUGCUCGACGCUGGAGCUCUGGGCCCCAAGGACAUGGAUUCUCUGGGCCUCUCCCUCUUCCGGCCGGACUUCAUCGUCACCUCCUUUUACCGGGUCUUCGGCCACGACCCCACCGGCUUCGGCUGCCUCCUCAUCAAGAAGUCGGCGAUCGGAAUCCUCAAGAACAGGAACGGCGGCACCGGCACCGGCAUGGUCCGCAUUGUCCCCGAGCUCCCCCAGUAUCUCAGCGACUCUGUGGACGGGCUCGACGGCCUGGAAGGGCUCGACGGCGACGCCGCCACCGGCGGCGCCGGAGAUGAAGCCCUGCAAAUGCCGGAGGCCUCCCGCAGAGGAGGGGCCACCCAACAGCUGCCGGCCUUCUCCGGGGCGUUCACCUCCUCGCAGGUGAGAGACGUGUUCGAGAGCGAGAUGGCGGAGCUUGAGAACAGCUCCGACAGGGACGGGGCGAGCACCAUCUUCGAGGAGACGGAGAGCGUCUCCGUGGGGGACGUGAUGAAGAGCCCCGUUUUCAGCGAGGACGAGUCUUCCGACAACUCCUUCUGGAUCGAUCUGGGGCAGAGCCCCUACGGCUCAGACUACUCGGGGCAACUGGCCCGGGGGAGACCGCUCGGCUCCGCCUCUCCGCUCCCUCCGCCGCCGCCGUGGCUGAGCGGCCGGCGGAGCCACCGGGGGCUGUCGCCGAAGAUCCCCUCCAGGGCCACCGCCAGGAGCCCGCUCUACGACGGGCAUGUCAUCUCCUUCGAUGCCGCCGUUCUUUCGGUGUCUCAGGAGCUUGACCGGGUGAAGGAGGUCCCCGAAGAGGAGGUGGCGGAUAUCCAGGAGGAAGGUGGCGCCACCCCGAGUUCCAGGCCCCGGAUGAGCUACGAGAACGGGACGGCGGCGGAGAUAUGCGAGGAGAGGGAAGCCACUGCCAUUACGAAGGAGAGCGCCAUCAGGAGGGAGACGGAGGGGGAGUUUCGGCUGCUGGGGAGGAGGGAAGGGAAGAACCCCAUAUUAGCCGGCGGCAGGUUCUUCGGCGUGGAGGAGGGGGAGGGGGCCCUGAGCAUGGGCCAGAAGGUCUCCUUCACGAUGGACGACAGCGGCAACCACAGGGAGACCCACAGCCGCGAUCUUCAAGCGCCCGACUUCCUCGCCGGCGCCGGCGACGACGGCGGUCUCAGCGACGGCUACGACAGCGGCGAGCAGGAGGGGGACGGAAGAAGAGACCCAGAGAUCGUCUGCAGGCAUCUGGACCAUGUGAACAUAAUGGGCCUCAACAAGACCACGCUUAGGCUUCGGUACCUCGUCAACUGGCUCGUCACUUCCCUGCUUCAGCUCCGGCUGCCCGGGGACGGCGCCGCCGGCGGGGCCCCGCUGGUUGAGAUCUACGGGCCCAAGAUCAAAUACGAGAGGGGCCCCGCGGUGGCAUUCAACGUGAAGAACGGCGGUGACGGCUCGCCGGUCAACCCGGAGGUCGUGCAGAGGCUGGCCGAGAGGGACGGCAUCUCCCUGGGGAUCGGCUUCCUCAGCCACAUCCGGGCCAUAGCGGAGGGGAAGCAGCAGGACGGGAAGAACGCCGUGAUCCGGGUCGCCGUCGUCACCGCUUCCCUCGGAUUCCUCUCCAACUUCGAGGACGUGUACAGGAUGUGGGCCUUCGUGGCCAAGUUCUUGGAUCCCGACUUCGUCCGAGGCGGAGGCGGCGGCGGCGGCGGCAACGGCGACGGCCGGUUGCCCACCGUUGCAGAGGGCGCGGAGAGCUGA